AUGGUGUCCACCAUCGUCGAGCCAUCCUUUGUGUUUGGCUUGAAGGGUGAUGUGAGCGACAACAUCUGCUAUUUGGACGAGCAGAACGUCAUCUACCCGGCCGGCUCCUCCGUUGUCGUGUACAACAUCCAACAGAAGACACAGCGGUUCAUCCACGGGACCGAGGGCUCGGCGGGCUUUACCGCGCUCGCUGUCAGCCCAAACAGGCGCUAUGUCGCCAUAGCAGAAAAGGCCGAACGCGCCUCCGUCACCAUCUACGAUCUGCAUUCCCUCAAGAAACGAAAGUUCCUGAGCGAUGCCACAUCAGAUUGUGAGGAGUUUGUGUGCAUGACGUUCAGCCCCGACUCCAAGUACUUGGUGACGCUGGGUGGUGCACCAGAGUGGUUCAUGCACUACUGGGCGUGGGAGAAGAGCCAAGGCCCCAUGGCCGUCACAAAGUGCUCGCUGGACCCCAGCAUCCCCGUGUACCGCGUCACCUUCAACCCACAGGACAACACGCACCUCUGCGUGACCGGCAGCAACACGCUCAAGAUGUACCGCUACACAGAGGGCAACUUCAAGCAGCUUGCGUUCCAGAAGAUUGAGGGCCAGGACUAUUUGAGCCAGUGCUGGCUGGCAGAGGACGCGGUUGUAUGCGGCACUGCAUCCGGCAAGAUCCUCCUCUUUGUUGGCGGCGAACUCAAGGCGGAAAUGAACGUGUCGGAACGCGUGACCUACGUGGCCGCCCUGAACAACGGGUUUGCGUGCGGCACAGCGAGCGGCAACGUCAUCGUGUACGAGGCGACAGAGGACGAGGAGCUGUACAAGCAGGCGCAGGAAGUGCCGCUUCCCGCCGACAUCGCAAACACAACACAGAGCGUCCACUGCAUCGCCGUGUCGCCAUCGGAAGACGCCCUCGUGUGCACAACGAAGGAGGGCCAGAUCUACACCCUCAAUCUCGCAGCCACAGAAUCAGACAUCCUCAGGCCUGUUGGGCUGCGGCUGCUGUCUGACCUGUUCCACCACCGCGCCAUCACGGGGCUCGACGUGGCCGUGCGCAAACCGCUCAUCGCCACCACCUCCCUGGACUGCAGCAUCCGCGUGUGGAACUACCACACACACGCGCUGGAGCUUGUCAAGUACUUCUCCGAGGAGGCACACUCCAUUGCCAUCCACCCGAGCGGCCUGUUUGUGCUCGUCGGGUUUGGCGACAAGCUGCGGCUCAUGAGUCUGCUGAUGGACGAUAUGCACACCAUCAAGGAGUUUAGCAUCCGCGAGUGCAAGGAGUGCCGCUUCAGCAACGGCGGCCACCUCUUUGCAGCAGCACAGGGCAACGUCAUUCAGAUCUAUUCAACGUGGACGUUCAAGCCUGUCGGGAGCCUCAAGGGCCACAGCGGUCGCAUCCGGUCCAUCACCUGGAGCCCAGAUGACACGCGCAUUGUGUCCACAGGCGCUGACGGCGCCGUGUACGAGUGGUCCACGCUCGAACGCCGCCGCAUCAACGAGUGCGUGCAGAAGACGUGCAGCUACACUGGCGCAACACUCGACCCAGAGACGGGCGCUAUUUAUGCUGUCGGGUCCGAUAAGAUGCUGAAGCGCAUCCACAACAGCGACAUGGAGCUCGAGGUGCCCGUGAGCGCACGUGCCACGUCCGACCUGGUGCUGACGCAAGUGAUCGUGUCGAGUUCCGGCAAGAUGCUCCUGGCGGCGACGGCGCAGGGCAGUGUCAGGUCGUACAAGGUGCCGCUGGAGCUCAAGGCGGAAUGGACGUCCACCUGCACGCAUUUCGGGGGCGUGACGCGGCUGCGCAUUUCGCCAGACGACCAAACACUCUUCAGCGUCGGCGAGGACGGAUGCUUGUUCCUGCACAAGCUCACAGACAAGGACGGGCGAGCGGGAAAGCGCCGCGCCCUCAGCGAUUGGGCCGACGAAAUCCUCAUAACCAAAUCGGACCUCGAGGAGAAGAACACGCUCAUGAGCGAGCUGAAGCGGCGGGUUGAGGAGCUGCAGAUGGCGAGCGAAUACCAACUCCGGCUCAAGGACAUGAACUACAACGAGAAGAUCAAGGAGAUCACAGACAAGUUCACGCAGGAGAAGGAGGACCUCAAGCGCCAGCUGCAGUCAGUGAAAGCGGAGAAGGAGAAGGAGGAGAACCGCCACAACGAAGAGAUUGCGUCACUCAACGACCGCCAGCUGCAGGAAAUCCAAGAGCUGGAGCACCAGCACAACCAGAAACUCAUGACAGAGUACGAGAAGUACCAGAUGCUGCAGAAGAAGUCGCAGGAGAUGCAGUCUGAUUACGAAGAGCAGCUCGAGCGCAUGGCGUCGUCCAAGGAGCAGGCCCUCAAGGACCUCGCAGAGUACUGGGAGAGCAAGCUGCGGGAGAAGACGGCGAUGCUUGAGGCGGCGAAUGAAGCUGCGCGGGACCAGCAGCGCGAGCACGAGGAAAUUGUGCGGCAGAUUGAGCUGGACGCCGACAAGGAGAUUCUCGCCAUGCGCCUCAACUACGAGAAGGCGCUCAAGGAAGAGAAGGAGCACGGCCUUGAAGUUAAGGGCGAGAACGGGAUUCUGCUAAAGAAGUUCAAGGCGCUGCAGAGGGAGAUUGAAGAAGAGCAGCACAAGCGGGCGGACAUGCAGGCCGAGCAGAAGAAGCUGCACGCGCACAUCAAAGCGCUGGAGCGGGAGAUUGUGAGCGGGAAGAAAGAGAUUGACGAGCGCGACGAGACGAUUCAGGACAAGGAGCGACGCAUCUACGACCUGAAGAAGAAGAACCAGGAGCUGGAGAAGUUCAAGUUUGUCCUCGACUACAAGAUCAAGGAGCUGAAGAAGCAAAUUGAGCCCAAGGACCAAGACAUCCGGGCCAUGAAGCAGCAGAUCUCGGAGAUGGAUGUGGAGCUGGAGCGGUACCACAAGACGAAGGACGCCCUGCAACUGCAGGUGGAGGAGACCAACACGAAGCUCAAGGCGUCAGACACGCAGCUGCGCAAGCACCUGUCCCGGGUGAAGUUCCUCGAAAACGUCAUUUCACGGUUCAAGUCUGAGCUGCAGGGUGCUGUUGGCUUCAUCCAGGAGCCGAAGAAGCUCGCAGACACCGUCCGCGACAUGCACCGCCGCCACUGCGUUGAUUCUGACGAUAAGGGAACGCCCAUCGAGGAGGACAUCCAGUCCGAACACAAUCGCCAGCGCGACUUCCUCGAGCGAAACAUCGCCGCCCUCCAGAAGAAGCUGAAGAAGGCCGAGGAGGCGCACACGUCCGAGGUGGGCCGCAUUAUGCAAGAAAACGUUGGCCUCAUCAAGGAGAUCAACGACUUGCGGAAGGAGCUGAAGAUGGCUCGGUCCGACGCAAAGCAGCUGCAAGGCACACUCAAGACAACGCGCACGCUCGCGCAGAUGCGGGGGCAGCCGCUGCCGUCGAAGGACGAGACGAAGAAGCUUGCAGGUGUGACGACGGCCACCCUGCGGGAAUCGUACGAAACUGAACAGACAGAUCGCAUCAUCACCAUGCAGAAGCAGGAAAUCAGGCGGUUGCGGGAAACGAUCAAGGAGAUGGAGAAGAUCUCACAGAGCCGCCCACCGUCCACGGGCCGACUGCCACCCAUGACCACCGCAUAG